ACAUGGAACACAGUGAAAGUGAAACAUAUUUUCCGUAUUGUAAAAUUUGUUAAUUUUACUUUUGAGUGUAAAAUCCGACGAUAAAUAAUAUUAGAUACCUUGAUUAGUGAUUGAGUUAAACAAUGAGUUUUAAACGUGAUAAAAAGGAAGAAGAAGACGGAAAUGGAAAUCCCUUUCAAAAUCUUGAGAAAACAUCAGUUUUGCAAGAAGCAAGAACAUUCAAUGAGACGCCUGUCAAUGCUAAAAAAUGCAUUCAUAUUCUAACAAAGAUUCUUUAUCUCAUUAAUCAGGGUGAAUCAUUAGGAACAAGAGAAGCAACAGAAUGCUUCUUUGCAAUGACAAAGCUUUUCCAGUCAAAGGAUCUUGUCUUGCGUCGAAUGGUAUAUUUGGGAAUAAAAGAGCUUAGCACCAUUGCCGAAGAUGUUAUCAUUGUCACAAGUUCAUUGACAAAAGACAUGACAGGUCGUGAAGAUCUUUAUCGUGCACCUGCUAUUCGUGCUUCAUUUUCUAUUACUGAUCCAACAAUGCUACAAGCUGUUGAAUGUUACAUGAAACAAUGUAUUGUUGAUAGAAAUCCCUCAGUAUCAAGCGGUGCAUUGGUAAGUUCUCUACAUUUAUCAAGUCAAUCAGGAGCUGGUGAUGUUGUUAAAAGAUGGGCAAAUGAAGCACAAGAAGCACUUAACAGUGACAAUAUCAUGGUUCAAUAUCAUGCUUUGGGUCUUCUCAAUCAUAUCAGGAGAAAUGAUCGUUUAGCUGUUGCAAAAUUGGUGAAUAAAUUGAUUGGACAAAGCAUGAAAAGUCCUUAUGCCGUUUGCUAUUUAAUUCGAAUUGGAAGCAAGAUUAUUGAAGAAGAUUAUGCUAAUGGCACCACCACUAUCUCUGAUACACACUUCUUAGAAUUCGUCGAAUCAUGUUUACGUCAUAAAAGUGAAAUGGUCAUUUAUGAAGCAGCACAUGCCAUUGUCAAUCUUAAACGUACAUCAGCACGUGAGUUAGCACCAGCUGUAAGUAUUCUUCAACUUUUCUGUGGAUCAUCAAAAGCAACUUUACGUUUCGCUGCUGUUCGUACAAUGAACAAAGUUGCAAUUCUUUAUCCAGCUGCUGUUGCUGCUUUCAAUAUGGAUCUUGAAGGUCUCAUUGCUGAUUCUAAUCGUUCUGUUGCAACACUUGCUAUCACAACACUUCUCAAAACUGGCACUGAAAGUUCCGUUGAACGUUUGAUGAAACAAAUCGCAACAUUUGUUGCUGAAAUUUCUGAUGAAUUUAAAGUUGUUGUGGUUCAAGCGAUUCGAACAUUAUGCACAAAAUUCCCACGAAAGCACAGCAUUUUAAUGAACUUCUUAAGUGCAAUGUUACGAGAAGAAGGUGGAUUAGAUUAUAAAACAUCAAUCGUUGAUACAAUCAUCUUAAUCAUCGAAGAAAACCCCGACGCAAAAGAAUCUGGUUUAAGUCAUUUGUGUGAAUUCAUUGAGGAUUGUGAGCACACGUCACUUGCCGUACGUAUCUUGCAUUUAUUAGGAAAGGAAGGACCACAUUCAAAGAAUCCAUCGAAAUAUAUUCGCUUUGUUUACAAUCGCGUAAUACUUGAGAAUGCGACAGUAAGAGCAGCAGCUGUAUCAGCAAUGGCACAAUUUGGUGCUUCAUGUCCUGAUUUAUUAAAUAAUGUUACAGUGCUUUUGGGACGUUGUCAAAUGGAUAUCGAUGAUGAAGUUCGUGAUCGUGCAACAUAUUAUCUCACCAUUUUAAAUUCAUCAAAUCCAUCACUUUGGAAGAAUUACAUCUCAAGCAAUGAUCAACUUGUGUCAUUGUCAUUGCUUGAAAAGACACUAAAGGAACAUCUCAAUGGUGCUUUAACUGAAACAUUUGACUUGUCGCUUGUCCCCAAAACAGCACCAACACCAACAGUUACUGAAGACGCUCAUAACGAUGCAAUGAUUACAACAAAUUCCAUUCAGAAGACUCCACGCGUAACACGAGAAGAAGUCAAUGUUGAGCGUUUACUUCAAAUUCCUGGCAUUCAACGUCUCGGUCCACUUCAUAAAUCAUCACCGUCGGUGCAAUUGACAGAAAGUGAAACUGAAUACACAGUUUCGUGCAUUAAACAUUGCUUUGCUCAACAUGUUGUACUACAAUUUGAUUGCGUGAACACAUUGUCAGAUCAAUUGCUUGAAAAUGUUCGUGUUGAUCUUUUACUGCCUGAAGGUUUCAUCGUACGACAUGUUAUUCCAUGCGCUAAAUUAAUUUAUGGCGAGAAAGAAUCAACUUAUGUUAUACUUGAGUAUCCUGGUGAUGUUGCCAGCUCAUCUGCCACAUUUGGAGCCACCUUAAAAUUUAUUGUUAAAGAUUGUGAUCCAACAACUGGAUUGCCUGAUUCCGAUGAAGGCUACGAUGAUGAGUAUAUGCUUGAAGAUUUUGAAAUCACUGUUGCUGAUCAAAUACAGAAAACAAAACUUAAUAACUUUGUUGUUGCUUGGGAUGCUGCUGAUAGUGAAGAAUGGGUUGAACUUGAAGAUACUUAUCAACUAUCAGCAGUAAAUACACUUCAAGAUGCUGUCCAUACGAUUAUAAAAUUCCUUGGCUUGGGACCAGCAAAUGCAACUGAGAAAGUCGCUGAAGAAACACACACCCACACACUACUUUGUUCUGGUGUUUUUCGUGGUGGAGCUGAAGUUCUUUUGCGUGCAAAACUUGCGUUAGCCGAUGGUGUAACGAUGCAACUUACAGUAAGAUCAACAGACACAGAAGUAGCUGAAAUUGUAAGCUCUGCAAUUGGUUAAACUCUUUAUUUUCCAUAAGAAGUUACUAAUAGAUAGAAGAUUAAGGAGUAAAAGAUGGUUCGAUUAAAGGAUUUUUCUUAUUUUAUCUCUUCUUUAUUUUUUGAACAUUCAAUUUCUGAAUUAUAAUUUAAUUAAAGAAAACAAAAACAUUUAAAAUUUAUCUAAUAAAUAAAAGAAAAAUCAUACAAAAAGGAAGUUAAUUAAAUUCAAAUGCUAUUUGUGAGUGCAAUCACACAUCAUAUCACAUAAAUUGCAGGAAAGAAUUGAAGAAAUAAUUUAAUAAAUUAAUUGCAGGGUUGUUACUUAUCUAUCGUAUUUAAUUUACAUAUCUUUCAAUUCACAACAUUUCUUUGAUAAUCAAUUACUGGAUAAUUUCAUAAUCGUCUAUUCGUUUUCAAAAGCAUUUUCAUC